AUAAACCCAAUUACCCUAAUCAUCAUUUACUUUACCAUUUUUAUAGGACCCGCAAUCACCAUAUCUAGCUCCAACCUACUCCUAAUGUGAGUAGGAUUAGAAAUAAGUCUCUUAGCUAUUACCCCCCUUCUAACUAACAAAAAAAGUCCACGAUCAACUGAAGCAGCAACAAAAUAUUUUCUAACACAAGCUACAGCCUCAAUAAUCAUUUUACUAGCUAUCGUCCUAAACUAUAAACAAUCAGGGAUAUGAACAUUCCAACAACAAACCAACAAUAUAUUACUCAACAUAAUACUUAUCUCACUAUCCAUAAAACUUGGGUUAGCCCCAUUCCACUACUGACUACCUGAAGUCACCCAAGGAAUCCCUAUGCACAUCGGAUUAAUCCUACUAACAUGACAAAAAAUCGCCCCCUUAUCAAUACUAUACCAAAUUUAUCAAUUCCUAAACCCAACCAUUACAACUAUUCUCGCAAUCUCAUCAGUCCUAAUUGGCGCCUGAGGAGGAUUAAACCAAACACAAACACGGAAGAUCAUAGCAUACUCAUCAAUUGCUCAUAUAGGAUGAAUAGUGGCAAUUCUCCCCCACAAUCCUAAUCUGACACUCCUAAACCUAACAAUUUAUAUCCUACUCACUAUCCCAAUAUUCACCACACUCAUGAUAAGCUCCGCAACAUCAAUUAACUCACUCUCACUAGCAUGAGACAAAACCCCUAUAAUUUUAGCCAUAACAUCCAUUAUUCUCUUAUCCCUAGGAGGACUCCCCCCUCUCACAGGGUUCCUACCAAAAUGAGCAAUCAUCUCAGAACUCCUAAAAAACAACUGCUCAAUCCUAUCAACGCUAAUAGCCAUCAUAGCCUUAUUAAACCUAUUCUUCUAUGCACGACUAAUCUACUCUAUAUCUCUCACUAUGUUUCCAACCAACAAUAACUCAAAAAUAAUCUCCCACCACCCAAACCUAAAAUACAAUUUUAUCCUUCCAACACUAACAGUACUAAGUACCCUAACCCUACCACUUUCAUCCCAACUCAUAACAU